CACGUUGUUGCCUCCCGUCGUCUGUAAACUGGGACUAACGUUAUUGGUUUGUUCUGUGGUAAGUCGGGGUCGUGUAGCGGGAGACCUUCACCAAAGAAUGUGAAUAAACCUGUUGUAAGACAGUGCAAACAUUAGUCCUACGUCAGAAGAUGGAAGUGCAGGACCGGGAGUUUCUGAGGAGAUGGGAUGGGCUCGGCAGCCGGGAUGCCAGCUCCAGAACCGAAGCCAUGGAGAACAUCUGCCAGGAGGUCAUGAGGAAAGUGGAGGCUAUUGGACCCUUACCAGCAUCGGUCCCCUCGCCCCCAGCCUCUGGAAGCCCCUCCAACAGUGAGCUGAAUGGUAUCCUGGCUCAUCUGCUCAUGUUGUCCCAACGAUGUCCAUUUGAAGAUGUCAGGGAGCGUUGCAUUUGUCUUCUACAGACUGUCCAGGACUUGGGUGUAAGGAUUCCAAGACCAUUAGGCAACGGACCAAGCAGAUUUAUCCCCGAACAAGAAAUUCUUCAAGUCAGUAAAGUGGACACCAGGACACAAUCGAUAUUUGAGGAUGCGUUUGCAGCCCUCGGUCGCCUCGACAACGUCUCUCUGGUGAUGGGAUUCCACCCACAGUACCUGGACAGUUUUCUCCGGACACAGCACUACCUGCUGCAGAUGGAUGGACCCUUAUCUUUGCACUACCGACACUAUAUCUGCAUCAUGGCGGCAGCUAGACACCAGUGCUCCUAUUUGGUAAACCUGCAUGUGAACGACUUCCUCCAAGUUGGGGGAGAUCCAAAGUGGCUGAACGGCCUGGGUGAAGCACCACAGAAGCUGCAGCAGCUUGGAGAGCUCAACAAGAUCCUUGCCCAUCGACCAUGGCUUCUCACCAAGGAGCACAUGAAGUGCCUUCUGAAGGCAGAGGAACACAGCUGGUCUCUUGCAGAGUUGAUCCAUGCAGUGGUCCUCCUCACACACUACCACUCCCUCGCCUCAUUCACAUUUGGGUGCGGCAUCAUGGCUGAGAUCCACUGUGAUGGCGGACACACUUUUAGACCCCCCUCCCUCAGCCAGUACUGCAUGUGUGACAUUGCUAAUGGCAACGGUCAUUCUAAUCAUCAUGAUGAUCCAUUUGGCAACCAGGAGGUGUGUGGUGAGGUGGAAGUGCUGAUGGAGCGCAUGAAGCAGCUGCAGGAGGGUCGUGAUGACGAGGAGGCCAGCCAGGAGGAGAUGGCAACGCGCUUUGAGAGGGAGAAAACAGAGAGCAUGUUAGUGGUCACAGCAGAGGAUGAGGAGUGCGUCCCCUCCAGAGACAUCUCCCGCCACUUUGAAGACCCCACCUAUGGUUACCAGGACUUUUCACGUAGCGGGGAGCAUGUACCCACACUCAGAGUGCAGGAUUACAGCUGGGAGGAUCAUGGCUUCUCUCUGGUCAAUCGACUGUAUCCUGAUGUCGGUCAGAUGCUGGAUGAGAAGUUCCAGAUGGCCUACAACCUGACCUAUAACACCAUGGCAACACACAAGGAUGUGGAUACCAGUAUGCUGCGUAGGGCCAUCUGGAACUACAUCCACUGCAUGUUUGGCAUCAGGUAUGAUGACUAUGAUUACGGGGAGAUAAACCAGCUUCUGGACCGUAGCUUUAAGAUUUAUAUUAAGACCAUGGUGUGUAGUCCUGAGAAGACCACCAAACGAAUGUAUGAGAGUUUCUGGAGGCAGUUUCAGCACUCUGAGAAGGUCCAUGUUAAUCUGCUUCUUAUGGAAGCACGAAUGCAAGCAGAACUGUUAUACGCUCUGAGAGCGAUCACCCGCUACAUGACAUGAAGUGUUUUUGGUGUUUUUAUCAUUGUCUUUUUACUGUCGUCGUUGUUGCUCAUUAUGGGACACUUCAAGAAAACAAAAUUAAAGGGGGGUGGAAUUCAACAAUAAUAUGAGUGGCAGGGAGCCCAGGGUUCUGACAGUGUUUUCUGAAUGGAUGUUGAGAAAAGGAUCAGAACAAAUGGAAAGCAAGAGGAAAAAAAAAAAAACAGAUGAAGAAAAGUCAUCUCAAAUUACAAGUGGAUAGUUUGUUGCCUGCAGUGCCAAAACUGACCAAGAGAGGGAAGUCGGGAACAAACUCCUGCUCAGCAGGGAUGUUUGUGCCGGGUCAGAGCACUGACACUGACACAGGAGGCAUCAAGGGUGACGUUUCAGUAUUGAAGCUUGCAACACAUUUAUUGCCAAUUCAUAGUAAAUCCCCAGAAAGCUGUGCAGCCACUAAGAGUCUGCACUUUGAACCUGUUGUCACUGUUGUACUUGUUCAGUUUCUUUAGUUUUUUAUUUCAUUUUGUAUUGAGAGAAGCGGAUGUUGUCAUCGAUGUGGUUGCUUUUAGGGGAAAUGGAAGCAUUAACUUUGGGAACUUUUUUUUUUUCUCUUUUACUUUUACUUGUGCCUGAACUAUCCAGCACAGUGUGCAUAGGUGUUGAUGCUGCUGCUCCCAUGUUGUAUUCAGUGGGGUCAUAUUGAUCCCCUUAUCACCCUGUCCCACCCAACCCCUUUAUAUCCCCAAAGCCCCUAUCCAUUAGGAAUCCACUGCAUUACCACCCCCACCCCUUGUCCCCUACCCCAUCCUGAAAUCUGAAAUGUCAAUGUAAGCUAAUCCAAGGAGUGUGUGAAAGUGAGAGAGGUGUGGAGAGAAAUGUAAAGAACACUGUCUGAGCCCUUUUUUUUUUGACUUUGUACAUGAGUGAAUGAGUUCAUGAUGACUGAGGCGUGGCUGUUUUGUAUGCAUUUCACAGAAAUAAUAGAGAAAAUGUCUGAAUUUCAUGUGUCAAAAUAAGCGAAGCACUUUGAAGGAAAGGCUUCUGCUGUAGCCGUUAUUGUGAAAGAACAGUUUGUCAUUUGUUGAUGUCUUUAUUUUUAUUUUGGGGGGUGGGGGGGAGCUAAUCAAAAAGAAAGUUAAAAACCAGGUUUUCCAGGAGGGAUUUGCUUCCGGUUGUCAUAACCACACCUUAUCUGUCUUCCGCUUAUCCCAGCUGCCUGGUUGCGCUAACACUUUCAAAGCUUUGGAUUGUGAGUUUUACCAGUAAAUGAAUACCUCUUUUGUUUUCUUUUUAAAUCCCAGUGCUCUUUGUGAGCAGAGACCUUUUCGAGGUGGCCACGUUCCCAUUGCUUGGGGAGCCGACUGGCCCGCGCUGUGUCAAUAGCUUCUGAACACAGAAGGUUGUAGCUGUGCUUAUUUCCCUGCUUGGGAAAUCUAACCAGUGCAAAAGCAGCUUUUGUGUGUGUGUGUGUGUGUGUGUUUUUGUUUGUUUUGUUUACUAAAUCCAUAAAAGUACUGCAUUUUUCUGAGGUUGGAUUGAGAGAAUUGGACUGAAUGAGUGAGCUUUAAAUGAUGAUGAUGAGGAGGGGGAGUAUGAGGAUGAUAAAGGAAUGGUACAUUUGGAAGUGGCUUGAAAGGAAGUGGAGUCCCCCCCAAACCUCUGACUGAUGUCAAUUACUGACAUGUUCUUUUUAUAUGAAAUUAUAUGGAAAACAAAUAAACUUGAAUUGUGCAUCAGUUGUAGUUCUAAGCAACUUGUUUUCAUUGCUUCAUCAAAGAGAUUGUAUGUGAUGUAGAGGCUUAAACAAUUCAGGAGUCAAACAGUAAGCACCAUCAGCUAACUGCCACUGCUCAGCUGUGCAUGUACAGAAACUAAGGUGUCUAUGGUAGUUAGUAAACAUAUUCAGGGGCUGUUAUGCAAAAGGUCACUCAUGAAAAGAUAUGACCAUUGUUGGGGUUCCAAAGUACACUUUGGUAAUAAAGCUGACUUCAUUAACAGGAAACUGAACUCAGGAGAAUAGUUCAGUUUGCCAUUGGUCGAGGGAUUGUGAUGUGAAUUUUAUUUUACUGUAAAAGCUUGAGAACUGUAUGACUCACAGGAAACUGGGUAAUGGUCCUUGCUCCAGUGGUGCGAUCAAGUUCAAAAUUUCUCCUCGCUCCUCACUGGCAUUAGGGUUGAAAUGAGGGGGAAUUCCUUGUACAACACCUUACCUCUUUUUCCUGUUUGCCUCCAUGUCACACCUCACUGGGAAAAAUUCUUCACUGUUCUUAUGAGGCUGAUUAUCUGUCUGAACUUCAGGGUGUUUCCCAUCGAGGCCACAGAGGCCCAUCUGUCAAUACGCAAUCACCAGCAGAGACUGUUUUCCCCACUGAUCACACUGCCUUCAGAUUCUCUCAUGAUAUGUCGCAUAGAAGUUGUUUUUGUUAACCUUCUGUUGGCCAACUGUUUUAUAUCAACCUUAGAAGUGCUAUGUGGAUGCAGUGCUUGCUAUGAGCUCUGGCCAAUGAGUUACUUAGGGUUCUCUGAAACAUCAGCUUGUCUAGUGGUUGUUUUACAGUCCCUAUUUUGUAAAACUGGGGGAAAUGGACAGCAGGGGUCUUUACGUCAUGUGCCAUUUCUUAUUUGUUUCAAUGUUAUAAUGAUGUGAUUUUGAAAUGCUGUACUUUAGGCUACUUGGUGUAACUUGUAGACACUGCCUGGCCCCAUAUCUGUGUAAUAAUAAAGGCUUUGAGAAGUAAA